AGAAGUGAUAACUAAGAAAGAGGAUGAAAAUUGAACGUAAGAGAAAAAAGGAACUCGAAAAUAGUGUGGAUAACGAUUCACGAACACCUUCUAAGUUCUGAUUACCUUGUCACCUCUCCUCGAUUCAUCCCAUGAUGAUGAGACAUUGAGGCCAACCUCAAACCAUUGCCAAAUCCACAACUUUACAAAAUGGCUUUGAAUAGUUCCUAUACCCUUUCACGCAGCACUUUCUUCCACCAACACUCUAAAUCCACUUAUGCUUCUUCCAGAACCUUCUUCUCAAACUUGUUCCACAAAUCCACUUCACCCACCUGCAUUCACAAAGACAUGCACUUAUCACACUCUCUUAGCAAGAGGAACCUCAACCUCGCCCUUCUUCUCACAACGUUCCUAUGGGGUCAGCCUGUGUCGUUGCCUAAUGUGCUGUUGGCUCAAGAAUUGGACCUUCAGAGAUACACGGAUUCCAAGGAAGGUUUCACUCUUCUUACACCCUCUUCUUGGACAAAGGUUGACAAAGCAGGGGCAACUGUGUUGUUUCAAGAGGCAAAUAUGGGAAGUAACAAUAUUGGGGUUGUGGUGAACCCAGUUCGUCUUGCGAGUCUAGAAGAGUUUGGGACUCCUCAGUUUGUUGCUGAUAAGCUUUUACAAGCAGAAAGACGCAAGGAAAGUACAAAGGAGGCUGAGUUGAUUACAGCAGCAGAAAGAUCAGGGGAGGGAGGGUUGCGAAUUUAUGAAUUUGAAUACAAGAUUGAUAGUACCCGGGGAGGAAUGAAGAGGAUCUUUUCUGCAGCAUUUGUUGCAUCAAAGAAGCUCUACCUUCUAAAUAUUGUUCACUCUGAUAAACCAGAGAGUCCUCUUGACCAGGAUAAGAGAAUAAUUUUAGAACAUGUUCUUCAUUCCUUUGAUGCUGCAGCUUAAACUGUGGCAUGAAAACGGUGCUUCUCAUUUUUUUAUUCUUUCUUGAGUUUUGAUUUGAUUCUUAAGUUAUGGUUAACGGCUUGUGUUCAAAUCCUUAUAUUGAAAGUCAUGACUGUCAAUCGGACUGAAUUUGAAAUGCAUAUUGAACUAAUUAUAGUGUUACCACUAUAUUAUAACUUGUAACCCACAAACUACUACAACAUGAGAUUUUGUUAAAAGGAAAAAAAAAGGAAGGAAGGCUAUUACUGUAUAUUUAUACGUAGGUGAUCUAUCACAAAGUUUUUUUUAGGUUAAACUAUUUACUCAGUUCGUAUACCAUUUUAAGUUUUAGUCCUUAUAUGAGAAAAUUAUGAAUUUAUCCCUACACAAUUUUUUGUGGCGGUUUAUUACUGCCACAAAACUCUUGUAGCAGUUUUACACUAAAGUUUUCUUGAUCAAAAUUUAUUUUUUAUGCACAUGUUGGGACUUAAACUUACAAUUUUCUUGUUUAGGGAUUAAAACAUAGAAUGAAGACAACUAUAGGGGUUAAGUUAAUAAUUUAAUCUAUUUUUUUAUUUUAUUUUUUGGGGGUGGGGUGGGUUCAUCAUGACUUUUACUGAUGAACUGUCAUUUACAUAUUUUGGUGGUUAUUCCAAAUUGAUUGUCAUCUUGGUGAAUGCUCAUAUGUGACAAUACUUGCAAUUGUUUUGCUGUGCAUACAGUUAGUCUUUGAAGUCUUAUUUCUGAACUAGCAGGAUAACACUCAAUAUGUAGCAGUCUUCCGGCUUCCUUUUACUCCAAUGGUUAUCUGAGAAAAAAGAGAAAAAUGUUAAAAUAUAUAUGGUUGAUUGGUUGUGCACUGAGUUUCAAAUAUGCAAAAACUGACUCAGCAAUAUUCUUGGUCAACAUAUUGUUAAUUACUGCUAGUCGGAAUUUUGGAUAUGGUGCGAGCAAUAAGUACUAAAUUUCUAGUCAUUAGAGCAUGUUUGCUUUUCCGUUUAAAGUUGAAACUCAUGUUGAAUAUGAAUUCAACAAUUUCUUGCUUUCCCGUUCAAAUGACUUGGAAACUAACCAAAUUUUUUAGUUUAAUAAUUGUAAGGUUUGUCUUGGACCAUGAGGUCGACCUUA